GCAAUAAUUGCAAAUAAAGCUGGUUUUCAAAAAAAAAAAAAAAAAAAAGAAUUUCAACAAAAAAAGUGUGAAAAAAAACGAAGUGCAGGGAGAGUGUGUAUGGAAAUAGUAAAUGAUCACCAACCAUAGUUAGUUUAAAACUAUUGUUUAAUAACAACAACAAAUCAACAAAAAAAUCAUUAAAACAUCUAUCGAUCGAUUGCGUCGUUUUGCGUUUUAUUACAUGUUUUUUCUAACAACAACAAAAAAUAAUAAAAAGCGGUAGUAGCAGCAACAACAACAAAAAUCAUAUUGUCUAGCUUAUGAUUUUAUUUAAGCCAAAUUUUUUUAUUUGGAAUUAUAACACAAGAAAAAAACAAACCAAAAAAAUCCAAAAGUUUAUAAAGUGGAAAUAAAAUUAAAUAACAAAUAAUUAAAACGAUCUGCUUGAUCGCAUUUACAACUAAAAAAUAUUUGUUUGUUUUGUGUUUUUGGUGUCUGGUGUUUUUUUUUUUUUAAGACGAUAUUUUUCGAUCUUAACAAGUGGCUCCUCUCGGCUGGUGUUUGACUUUUGUGGUUUUUCUUAACAAUUGGCGUUAUUUAUAAAACAAAACGUAAACUUUAAAGUUAAAAAAAGCAACGACGUUAGCAAAUUGGUACCAGUCAAAAGCCAUUCACCAAAUUCAGCAAAAAAACCCACAAACACCAAUGGAAUAAAAACCCUCUUUUUAAUAAAAAAAAUUGCAAUACUUACAAUAAUACAUCUGAAAACAACAACUAGCCAAAGAAACUUAAUUUAAAAAAAAAUGUUUUGUUGUAAAAAUUAACAAUAACAAUAAUCAUGAAUAUUUUUUUAAAAACUCCCGUGUAAUAACAACGUGUUGGAAUUUUGGUUUCAGAAACAAACAAAAACAAAUUAAAUAUAUAAAUAAAUAAGUAUUAGAGUGAAAAAGUAAAACAGGGAAUUAAUAAAACAAAUAAAUAAAUAAAUAUUUUUAAAGAGAGAAAAAAUAAUAUUAUAUGAAGUUCAAAAUUACAAAUUUUCAAAAGUAAAAAAUGGCAUAACAAGAGGUAGUGAAACACCAACACCAACACCCUCCCCCCCUAAAGUUUGAAUUUAUUUAAUGGCCUGUUUUAAAGGCACGUGUCUUUCUUUAUUUUUCAACAAUUUAACUUACAAAUUGGUUCAUUUUAAUGUCUAACAACAAUAAAUUUUAUAAUUUCUAUAAAAAAACAAAGAAAUUUUAUUUAAUGUUUGUUGGAGUUUGAUGGUGGGUGCCUACCACUACUACUUUAAGUUAACAAUAACAGUGACAGUUAAAAGUGGUACCACAACAAUAACAACACAAACAUCAUGACAGUUUCCUAUGCUGGUGAAGUGCCCAAUGGCAGUAGUUUUGGCUGUUUUUGGAAGAUAUUAUGGAAGUGGCGUGGAAGUGUUUAUAAAUUAGUAUGGCGUGAAUUAGUGGCGUAUUUAUGUUUAUAUUAUACUAUUAAUUUUGUAUAUAGAUUUGCUUUAACCGAACAACAACAAAAAAUAUUUAAUAAGUUACGAUCAUAUUUUGGUCAACAGGGCGAAAGUAUACCCAUGUCAUUUGUGCUGGGUUUCUAUGUAAGUCUGGUAGUGAAACGUUGGUGGGAGCAAUACAGAUUAUUGCCCUGGCCCGAUACGUUGGCCCUAUUUAUAAGUGCUGCAAUACCAAAUUCAAAUGGUGGUGUAAAUAACGAAACCGGCCGCCUUAUGCGUCGCAACAUAAUGCGUUACAUGGUCUUGGCCUAUGUGAUCACUUUGCAACGUAUUUCGUUGCGUGUUAAACGUCGUUUUCCCACCACCCAACAUCUCGUGGAUGCUGGUCUCAUGCACGAGUCUGAAAUGAAAAUCUUUGAGCAUUUAAAUGCUAAAAGUCCCAUGUCUAAGUAUUGGAUGCCCCUGGUUUGGGCUACAAAUAUUAUAAAUCGUGCUCGCAAAGAUGGUCUCAUAAUGUCCGAUCAUAUAGUGCAAACGAUAUUGAUGGAAUUAUCAGAUAUAAGACGUCGUUUGGGUGGUUUAAUCGGUUAUGAUACUGUGUGUGUGCCAUUAGUUUAUACGCAGGUUGUAACAUUAGUUUUAUAUACAUAUUUCAUUGCCGCUUUAUUGGGACGUCAAAUGUUACCCGAUAUGCCAGAUCACAAUGGCAAAAAUGAUUACGAUUUAUAUUUUCCGCUAUUUACAGCGUUACAGUUUGUUUUUUAUGUCGGUUGGCUGAAAGUUGCUGAAGUGCUAAUCAAUCCAUUUGGUGAAGAUGAUGAUGAUAUUGAAUUAAACUGGUUAAUUGAUAGACAUAUUAAGGCCGCUUACAUGAUUGUCGAUGAAAUGCAUGAAGAACAUCCCGAACUAUUGCGUGAUCAGUAUUGGGAAUGUGUGGUGCCGAAAGAUUUACCCUAUACAGUAGCCUCUGAGCAUUAUCGCAAAGAUGAGCCGAAGGGUUCAGCGGAGAAUUAUAAAGUUAAAAAAGAAGAUGCCAUGUAUGCGAAUAUUGUACCGGGCGGUGGUAAACGUGUUAUAUCCGAUGAUGUUUAUGCUGAUUAUGAGAGUGUUGACACCCCCAUGGUGGAAAGACGAAAGAAAAUGUGGUUUGUUCGUCAACUUUCUCGCAUGGGUUCGAUGCGCAGUCAAUCUACCGCUUACUCAUCGGGCGGUAUUGCUUUUAAUCGCAAUCGUUUAAAUUCAGUUUACUCCAGUCCCGAGUCAGGUUUACCCAUGAGUAUGGUGCAACAACAGCAGCAGCAACAACAACAACAGCAACAAAAUGCUCAACAACAUCAGCAGCAACCAUUGCAGUCAAAGCCUAGCUUUUACGAUAAAUUUGUGCAUCGCAAGUCUUUGCGUGCUCAUCGCCAGCUGAUUAAGCAAAAUUCUCGUUUGAAUGGUUUAAAUGUUAAUACCUCAAAAACACGACCUCGUAUACCAACUCCUGAUGUUACUAAGGAAUCUUUGGAUAAAGAUAUGGCAAAUGCAACCAAUGCAAAUACAGCGGUUAUUAUGGCACCACCAUUAACUACACAAACCACUAUGUAUCCUUAUACAAGCACAACAACAAAUAACGGGCAAGAUGGUCAAGUAUUGGGCACUUUAUUAUUAUCACCGAUUAAAGAAAUGGAUAGUUCAUCGUCAAAUAAUACUUUGAUUCCAGGACAUCCGAAUACGGCGGCAUUGGCCCAGGCAGUAUUACCAACAAAUUUAACUAAUUCCAUUCCUGUCACCAGCAAUAUAACAACUUUAUCUUUCCCCUUUACGGUUACUACCAGUCCCACGGACACCUCAGCUACUUUAAAUAUUCUACCAAUUUCCACUUCCCAAAUACCCACUAUUACCACCAGCACAUCUAAUUUUGAUGCCAAUGAUGUUAUAACCAGCAUACCGGUUUCCCUGUCUAUACAACGUACUCCCUCAGCGGUAUCAAUAACCGAUUUGAAUUUCAACGAUAAACUGGAUAAUAAUAAUACCGCCACGGCGUUAUUAUCGGUGAAACCAUUAAAUGGUGGAGCUAAUAUAUCGCGUAAUAAUAGUUUCAAUGGAAAUUUAAAUAUAAACAUAUCCGAUUCAUAUCUAUUAGAACGUAGACAUUCUAUGCGUUCAGAGGGACGUCCCGAGGACUCAACGGACAGCAACUUACAGAAUAAUGCCACAGCAACGAUAACACUUAGUGCUAAAGAUAAAAAUCCUACAAAUACUACUAAUACCACUACAGCCACUUCGGCGCCUUCAACGUUAGCUAAACGUCCGCCCGAACCGAAAACUGGAGAAGUUUAUGUUUAACUGUAUAAUAUUAAAUUUUUAACAAUAAUUGCAAAGAAAAAAAUCUAUAGAAAGAUAAUAGUUAACUCAAGCCAUGAAUCCAUCCAUUUUCUAAAAAAAAUUGUAGUUUUAAUUUAAUUUUACAUUAAAAAAAGACAAAAAAAGGUUGUGACAUGAAUCUUAAAUUAUUAUAAUUAUUUUUUUUUGUAAAGAACUAUGUACUAAAUGUAUUUGUAUUUUAAAUUUUAGUCUUUUAAUAUCCUUGAAAAGGAUAAUAAUGUUAAAUAAUGUGUAUAUGUUACUAUAUAGUAUGUCUGUAAUAAUAAAGUUAAUUAUAUA